AUGGUCCGACCACCCCAGCUGACCUUUGGAAGGAAAGUGUUGUUCAGGGCGAAGGCUAUGACGAAUGAAGCAAAGAAGGUGUUUUCCACCUGGGAGUGGGGCUGCUACUUGGGUCGUUCAAUGAUCUCGGCAGAGGGUCAUCCCAUCCUUAAGGAUUCCACCGGGGCCGUCAUUACCAGCAGAUCCGUACGAGCAGGUUUGGUUGACGUUGACGAUGAGCUCCUUGAGCCCCUUGUGGCUGAGGACCCAGAGCCAGUUGUCAUGCCUGUUCCACCGCAUCGUCUCCGAGAAAAAACGUAUGUGGCCAAGGUGGCUGAGCAGGAGUUGAUGGCUGAAGAGCAAGCUUCAAAGCUACUGCGCUCUGGAAACAUCACUCCUCAAACAGUAUCCCGGAUGCUGCAGCACUUGGUCAAGGAAUCAGCUGCAGACACGAAGCGACGCGGACAAACUAGCGGCCAUAGGUACCUGGGCGGGUUUCGUCGAGGGCCCUUCUCGGGUGCUCAACCAAUUCCUGCUUGGAAAAGCACAGGCCAAAGGCAUACCAGAUUUUUCGUUGGGUUUCUGUGGGUCUUUUCGCCAACCCAGAGGUGCCUGCGCAUAGGGACUUUCCCACAACUUUGGGCUGGUGAUACCGGGUAUUACCAACCUAUGGACAGAAGAGGCGCUGAACUCUUCUUCAGUUCCCGCCGGUCAGUUUGGUUGUCGCCCCUAAAGCCAGGCCUCCAGUUCAACCCCAAGAUACCCCACGCUGUGGUUCGUACCCCGGAGUGGGUUGUGGUCGGUUACACCCCUAAUGGCUUCUCAGUCGACGUCGAACGAGACCGACUGCAAUCCUUCAGGUCCAAAGGUUCAGGACAAUCGGGUGCCAGCCAGAGGCGUGCCAGGUGUUCUAGGUCUGCCAACAGGUGCAUUCUUCCCAGGGCAUCGGACCCUUGGAGCAUGUCCCAGGCGUGCCAGGUGAAGCAGGUCUGCCAACAGGUGCAUUCCGCCCCCCGGUCGCAGCUCAGGGCAUCGGACCCUUGGAGCAUGUCCCAGGCGUGCCAGGGCAUCGGACCCUUGGAGCAUGUCCCAGGCGUGCCAGGUGAAGCAGGUCGGUCAACAGGUGCAGUCCGCCCGGUCGCAGCUCAGGGCAUCGGACCCUUGGAGCAUGUCCCAGGCGUGCCAGGUGAAGCAGGUCUGUCAACAGGUGCGGUCAGUGUUUCUCCGCUUGCGCCAGGUGCAGAGGUUCAAGGCAAUCAGGUGCCAGCCUCCAACACGACUACCAUCUCUGAACCUGCCACCGGCUCAAAUGCCAGUCUCCCAAACCUCCAGGCGAUUUCUGAGAAGAAGGGUGAGGUAAUCCCAGCUGCCAGGGCUUGUCCUGCUUGGCUUCCACGCCUUUCAGCCACUCGAGCUGACCCAAGUCCUAGGAUCACUUCCGGACCUUCCCAGCUUAAGUCAGUUGAGCCCGCGGUCAUCGAACACAUAGAAGCUCAUCUGGCGGACCUCGACGCCAAUGAGCGCAAGUUGGAGAUCACUCACGAAGCUUCUCCAAAGGAGGCCAGGCAGCACUUGGAAAAAUGGAAGGAAUCGAUGGAGGAAGAACUGAAUGGUCAGUUGGCUUCAGGUUGUUUGACUCGCCGAGACGGAGAGGAAGCACGACAGCUUUUGAAGCGUCCGGACGCUGAAGUCUUGAGCAGCCUGAAUGUGUGGACCGUCAAGCCACCCAAGCCCAACAGCAACAAGAUGUACAGGCGAAAAGUCAGGACCGUGGCCUGUGGAAAUCAAAGCGAGGUCACCAGUGAAGUGAACACUUACGCCUCUGGUGCCAGAGCUGGUUAG